AUGGCAAGUAGAUUCAGGGGAUCUAGCACUGCAAAGUUUGUUAAAAAACCUCCCGGGGACCGCAGCAAUGGGAUUAAUACAGCUGUGAACACGACAGCGCAACAACUUGUGGAAUCAACUAAAAAAGAUGAAAUUGACACACUCAUGGGAUUUGAGAGGUACACGGCUCCCCAGCACAACGGAAAAAAUGUCAGCAUAGAAGAAACACCGGGAAGAACUGGCUGGCUUGUGAACAUGCAUCCUACACUUGUGCCACAAGAUUCAGGGCUUACAAAGGGGUCUGCCUUAUCCCCCACGGGUGUUUCCGGAGUUGACUUCUAUUUCCUGGAUGAAGAAGGUGGUGGUUUCAAAAGUACAAUAACCUUCGACCCGUACUUUUUAGUGGCGUGUAGGGACGAAUCGAAAACCAACGAUGUGGAGGAAUAUUUGAAGAAACACCUAGAACAUUGUUUGAAACGUGUUGAAGUAGUAAUCAAAAAUGAUCUCUCCAUGAGCAACCAUUUGGUUGGUUUGCAACGAACAAUGCUCAAGCUCACAUUCGCGAAUACCAACAACCUUUUCGAAGCCAGAAAAAUCUUAAGGCCAAUUGUCAUGGACAAUGAAAACAAUCAACUCCAGCGGUCCAUGUAUAGCUCUAACAAUGGAACUGCGCAGGACACCAAAAUGCUGAUAUCAGAUAUCAGAGAAUAUGAUGUCCCCUAUCAUGUACGAGUGGCCAUUGACAAAGAUAUUCGAGUAGGAAAAUGGUACAAAGUAGCUUCACAAGGGUUCCUAGAAAUUAAAGAAAAGGUUGCAUUUGCAGAUCCUGUCGUGCUAGCGUUCGAUAUUGAAACCACCAAAGCUCCUUUAAAAUUUCCAGUUGCAACUGUUGACCAAAUUAUGAUGAUCUCAUAUAUGAUUGAUGGAGAUGGGUUCUUAAUAACCAAUAGAGAGAUAAUCUCUGAGGAUAUCGAAGAUUUCGAGUACUCACCUAAACCGGAAUACCCCGGAUAUUUCACGAUUUUUAAUGAAGCAGACGAGUUGGCGCUCCUAGAAAGAUUUUUCGAACAUAUUAGAGAUGUGCGUCCGACUGUUAUCUCGACAUUUAACGGUGAUUUUUUUGAUUGGCCUUUUGUGGAGACCCGAGCAAAGAUUAAUGGGCUUGACAUGUAUGAGGAGAUAGGGUUUGCCCCAGAUUCGGAAGGGGAAUACAAGUCCACUUAUUGUGCCCACAUGGACUGCUAUAGAUGGGUCAAACGUGAUUCAUACUUACCACAAGGAUCCCAAGGUUUAAAAGCAGUGACGCAAGCAAAGUUAGGAUAUAAUCCAAUAGAGUUAGACCCAGAGUUAAUGACUCCAUAUGCAUACGAGAAGCCUCAGCUACUAUCCGAGUAUUCGGUGUCUGAUGCUGUUGCAACUUAUUACUUAUACAUGAAAUACGUGCACCCUUUUGUUUUCUCAUUAUGCACUAUUAUUCCUUUAAACCCAGAUGAAGUUCUUCGCAAGGGGACUGGUACUCUUUGUGAGAUGCUUCUGACAGUUCAAGCGUUUAAAGGUGAUAUUCUUCUGCCAAACAAACAUACAGAUCCAAUCGAGAGGUUUUAUGAUGGUCACUUGCUUGAAUCGGAGACCUACGUCGGAGGGCAUGUUGAAUCCUUAGAAGCCGGUGUUUUUCGAAGCGAUAUUAAAAACCAUUUCAACAUUGAUCCAGAGGUUAUUGAUGACUUACUUGAAGAUCUUCCUCAUGCUUUGAAAUUCUGCGUCGAGGUUGAAAAUAAUUGCAAAGUUGAAGACGUAGUAAAUUUUGAAGAAGUAAGACAGGCUGUAGAGAAGCGCUUGUUUGAUCUUAAGGAUAAUACAAAACGACAUGAGCUACCUCUUAUUUACCAUGUCGAUGUUGCAUCAAUGUACCCGAAUAUUAUGAUCACAAACCGGUUACAGCCUGAUAGUGUCAAAAGCGACCGCGAUUGUGCCAGCUGUGAUUUCAAUAGGCCCGGAAAAUCUUGUGAUAGAAAGUUGCAAUGGUCCUGGAGAGGUGAAUUCUUUCCAUCAAAAAUGGACGAGUACAACAUGGUCAAAAGAGCAUUACAGAACGAGACUUUCCCCAACAAGAACAAAAAGUCGUAUAAACAGUUUCUGUCUUUCGAGGAGCUAAGUUACAGCGAUCAAGUCGCUCAUAUUAAAAAGCGGCUUACAGACUACUGUAAGAAGGUUUACCACAGAGUCAAGACCAACGAAGUAGUUGAAAGAACUGCAAUUAUAUGCCAACGAGAAAACCCUUUCUACGUGAAUACUGUGAGAUCUUUCAGAGAUAGAAGAUAUGAAUUCAAAGGGCUAGCAAAGAACUGGAAACAAAAACACUCAUCAAUUAGUUCAGAACAAAAGCAUGAGAGAGAUGAAGCAAAAAAAAUGGUUAUCCUGUAUGAUUCGUUGCAACUCGCCCAUAAGGUCAUCUUGAACUCAUUUUAUGGUUAUGUGAUGAGGAAGGGGUCUCGUUGGUAUUCGAUGGAGAUGGCCGGUAUCACAUGUUUGACAGGUGCAACAAUCAUUCAAAUGGCAAGAUCAAUAGUUGAAAAGAUUGGAAGGCCACUCGAGUUGGACACCGACGGUAUUUGGUGUAUUAUUCCAGAAUCAUUUCCAGACGAGUUUAAAUUCAACUUGAAAAAUGGGAAAAAGCUUUUUCUCUCUUACCCUUGCUCCAUGUUGAAUUAUAAAGUUCAUCAAAAGUUCACGAAUCAUCAAUACCAAACUUUGGUCGAUCCUGUAAGGCACAAAUAUGAAACUGAAAGUGAUAAUUCGAUUUUUUUUGAAGUCGAUGGUCCCUACAGAGCAAUGGUUUUACCAACAUCGAAAGAAGAGGGUAAAGGAAUUAAAAAACGUUACGCUGUUUUUAAUAACGAUGGGUCUUUGGCGGAACUUAAGGGGUUUGAACUUAAGAGAAGAGGAGAACUGCAAUUAAUCAAGAAUUUUCAGAGUGAUAUUUUCAAGGUCUUUUUAGAAGGGGAUAGCUUAGAAGCUUGUUAUGCCUCCGUUGCUGCGGUGGCAAACAGGUGGCUUGACGUUUUAGAUUCAAAGGGUAUUAUGUUAGAAGACGAAGAUCUUAUCGAGCUUAUUUGCGAGAACAGAAGUAUGACAAAAACACUGAAAGAGUACGAAGGUCAGAAAUCUACCUCAAUCACAACUGCUAAAAGGCUGGGUGAGUUUUUGGGAGAAGAAAUGGUGAAAGAUAAAGGGCUGCAGUGUAAAUACAUCAUUAGCUCACGGCCGCUGAACACGCCGGUGACUGAGCGCGCCAUCCCUGUUGCUAUUUUUUCUGCUGACCUGGCUCUAAAAAGGUCAUUUCUAAGGAGGUGGCUAGCUGAUAGCUCCUUAGAAAACUUUGAUCCAAGGGCUAUCAUAGAUUGGGAUUAUUACAGAGAAAGGCUUGCUUCCGUAGUGCAGAAGAUUAUCACAAUUCCCGCAGCACUUCAAAGUAUACAGAACCCAGUUCCACGCGUUGAGCACCCAGACUGGCUCAAAAAGAGAAUAUCAGUUAACGACGAUAAGUUCAAGCAAACCUCGCUAACCUCAUUCUUUAAAAGCUCGAAAGUUAAGCCACUUGUUAGAGACAUAGAAGACGCGUUUGAGGAACGACCUAUUUCCAUACAAAAUAAAGUUGGCCGAGUGACUUCGAAGAAACAUCAAAAGAGGAAAAACAUGAUUGAAGAGGAACAAGAGAAUUUGGUUUUACCGCCAACUUUUCCCUCUAUGGAAGAGGACUACAUUGGCUGGCUUUCCUACCAAAAGAUAAAAUGGAAAAUUCAAGCGCGGGAUAAGCAACGAAGAACUCAGUUAUUUGGCAGUCGCUCAGGCAUCAGCGAAAGAACUGCGUUGGGUAACAUCAUGAGGAAGCAUGCCGAGUCCUAUGCAAAUUCGACUUGGGAAAUAUUAGAAUACCGGCAGACUUCGCAACCAGGUGUGCUUGAUGUGUCUGUGCUCCUUGACCGUAAAAUUCAUACACUCAAGUUCAAAAUUCCUAAGAGCAUUUAUAUGAAGUUCAAAACUAAUCAGCCAUCAGGACAUGGUAUUGAAAAUUGCAUUGUUGAGAAGUCACCUGCUAUUCUACCAUAUAAGAGUGUUGGAAGUGAGUCAAAAACUCCGCUUUAUAAGCUUACUCUGCCUGAGGAUGACUACUUGGAGGAGAUUGAGAAAACUACCAGCGUGCUCAAUAAAGAGAACGUGUUGGGAAUUUAUGAAUCCUCUAUCACGGCAUCAGAGCGAGCGAUAAUGGAGCUGGGUUCAGCCGUUGAGUUUACUUCGAGCGCAAUCGGUGCAUUAGGCAAGGGCCUUCAAAAGGGAUUUGAACAAAAAAACCUUCACCCCUCAUCUUCUCAGCGUUAUUUGGAAAAAUUCUCGCUUGAGGUUGGUUACUUGCUUCACUUGUCGACAAAUAUUGGAUAUGAGUAUUUUAUUCUUUACAAGGGGUGGGAUGCAAACACCGAAGUCUUCGUUUUGAAGCCAUCCACAAAUGCUCAAGAAUUAAACCCUUCUUCUGUUCAAAGCUUGUUUAAAGAGCUCCGAGCUCAAAAAUCCGAUAAACUGGAUUCUCAUUAUGACAUUUUGAGGUACCCAGACAGCAUAGACGUUCAAUCACACUCAUUCACAGACUUAAGGGCGCUUUAUAAGAAGCUCUCUAAGAGUAUCUCCCAAAUGAACGAAGAGAAGGGAGCGCAGUGCUUGAUGCUAUUGCAGUCUCCCUACACACAAAAGCUUCGACAAACAAUUAAACCAUUUCGGCAAAUGCCGCUCGUUGAAAUCUCUUCCGCUGAACUGGCUCUUCCUCAUCUAAAAUGGCAGCAUAUUGUCACGAAAAAGAUUACUAACCAUAUCCUUUCGUUGGGCAAGUGGCUCCAAAACCUAAUGAACUUAUCGCGAUACAGCAAUAUUCCAAUUUGUAAUAUCAGGCUUGAAAAAAUGUCUUUUGUUAUCGACGUAAUGUAUGCGAGAAGGCUGAAGAAAGAUAAUAUUGUGUUGUGGUGGAAUGACGUUUAUCCCUUGCCUGACCAUGGCGGUUCUGAGAAAGACUUCAAUCCAUCAAUGGCCUCUUUAAUGAGUGACCUGGAUAUUUCGAUCACUAAUUCCCCAUCGGUUUACGAUACCGUUGUGUUGGAAAUAGAAAUGAGCAAUCUUACCAUUAACACCGUUUUAACGUCUGCUGUCAUAAAUGAAGCUGAAGGAAGUGAUUUGGCAGAAUCUAAUUUUUCAAUUGGCGGAGAAGGAGAGUAUAUAGGCGGCGGUGCUUUAGUGGAGGACUCUUUCUCGGGUGUUUCUUUGUCAGUGCUUCGCGCUCUCCUAAAAUCCCUGUGGGAUGAUGCCCUAGAUGAAAACGAAACGGCAGAUUCCCUCGUCCAUGCUUUCAUUCACUGGGUACAAUCUGCAGAUUCUAAACUUUUUGAUUAUGCCUUAAAGUACCAUGUUCACAACCUCACAAAGAAAGCUAUUUUGCAACUAGUCAACGUUUGCAAAAAUCUAGGCUCUGAAGCAAUUUAUGCUGACCGAGGAAAGCUCUUAUUAAAAACCAACAAGGUUACUGUCGAAAGCUGCUAUGCAUAUAGCCAAUAUCUCAUCAAGGCGAUUAGGACGGCUCCUCUUUUCAGUUUCUUGGAUUUGUCUAUAACCAGGUAUUGGGAUCUCCUUAUUUGGAUGGAUUCUUUUAACUUCGGUGGCAGGGCAUGUACUAGCAUCGUUGAUAGCGAAUCUCAGGAUUUGCGGGCUUAUUCACAAUGGCAUAUCAAAAGCUUCCUGCCCAGAAUAUACCAGCAGGAAUUCGAUGAUUGGAUGAUUAUUAUUUUGGACAGCAUGGUUAAAGCAAAAGAAAGGCAUUAUUUUGACAAUGCGCAGUCUCAAAGGCUCACUCAGAUUACUACUGGAAAAUCUAACGACGAUGAAGAAGUCGAUGGCGUUCUUGCGGGGUUUACACAUCGAUUUGGUCAACCUCUUAUCCACAGGGUCCAAAAGUUAUUCAAAACUCAGAAAGAGUACAUAUUGGACCCAAAUUUCAGCGCAGACUACGCUCCUCCUAAUUUACCUGGAUCACAUCUUAAAACUCACAAUCCAUUAUUAGAGCUUGUAAAGAAUUUGUGUCACAUAAUGAUGCUGUCAAAGACGCAAACCCUGGAAGUCCGCUCUUUGAGAAAAGAGCUGCUUAAAAUUUUUGAAGUUCGAGAAUUCGAUUGGGAGUCCGAGUUCAAAGAUCCCAGCUACUCUUUGAAGGUGAGCAACCUUGCCUGCGAGCAUUGUGCCUUUAUCACUGAUAUCGACUUUUGUAAGGUUGAACGUAAGGAGUUUCUUGUUUGUGAGCAGUGUCAGCGACUUUUCAAUAAUAACCUUCUUCAAGAACAUCUUGUCCAAACCUUGCAGAUUGAGCUACAAAACUACUACGUUCAAGACUUGAAAUGUGCGAAAUGCGGCAAAAUCAAAGAUGAGCUAAUGUCCUCUCACUGCCCCUGCUCCGGCUCCUGGAUCAAUUCCAUAUCGGAGGAAGCGCUCAACAAAAAAAUCAUUGUCUACCGGAGAGUGGCAGAAUACUUUGCUUUCGACAUUGUAUCCGCAACGGUGGAUGAAUUGGAUGGCUCAUCAUUUUAG